GUGAUCUAUAAAAGACCCCAAGUCCUCUGUCCCCCAGCGAGAUCAUGUGACUGCGCGGGACCCUCUGCAAAGUCAAGUGGGGUAUGGAGACACGCCGGUACGUACCGUUUAGGUGGGUGACAGCCAAAGUAAACAAACGCGGUCAUCGCGACUAGCUAAAUUAAACGUUGCGCAAAGUUCACCAUUCGUGGAUGCGCUGCAUGUGCUUUGUAGCAACGUCCCUAUUAUGUCUUCUUUCGCAGAUCCAACCGUGCCUGCAACACGGAGACCGCGGAAAUCUUUAAAUUCGAAUACACAUUUUAAAACAGCCAUGGACCAAGAGAACGCUACCGUCGAUGUCACCAGCCAAUCGACCUUUCGAGCCAGCCGCAACAAGUCAAGAAGCAAAAGUGUCGGGCCGGGGGGAUUUGACACCCUCCGUCAAAGUGCCGGAAACCGUCGAGCUUCGCUGGCGGCCCCUCGUUCUAUAUUGAAGCCUCGCCUUUCCGAUGCACCAAGCCCGCAGAGGCACAAGCGACAAUCCGAUGUCUAUCGAAGGAGUGAUGGCAGAGAGAACCGAACACAAACGUUGGAUGAGCCAACCAUUUCCAAGAUUGCGCUACGCACAGAAGAAGAACAACAGGCCGCUGCCCGCGAACGGGAGGAACUUGAACGCAGGGACGCACGCCGCAAAUCUCUUGCCAAUCGCAGGGUGUCUUUCGCUGCAGAGGCUACUCUGCACACUUUUCACGAACUCGAUUCUUUGCAAGAAUUAACGACAUCGACCGAUUCGUCUAGACGAGCAUCAUCUACGGCUGGUUUACCAGCAGCUUCUGCAUUUGAAAACAAUACGGCACACACGCAACCAGGCGAUACGUCUGACCUGAUCUUUUUCCAGAAUGAUGCUGGACCAUCCAACUUCAAUCCGACUCCCAACAGCAGAGAUGACACUAUAACCUCCGCCAUGUACAGCUCUGAUUCAGAGCCCGCUGAUGCAGUAGAAGACGUGAUUGACGAGGAGGAGGACGAUGACGACGAAUCCUCCAAUAGUGACUCGGAAGAUGGAACAAUGAUGACUAUUGACACCGAAGAUAUCACAGGCGUAUCCAUGGCUUCGGACGGCUUUGACGAAGAGGAUGAGGGCGAGGGUUCAUCGACUCUCGACCAGGCUCUUCGCCUUGCAGCACAACGUGCCAACACACAACGCCUUGAUGACGACGAUGAAGAGGAAGAAAUUAUCCCGUCAUUUGGUUGGGUAAAAAACGCAGGACAAGGAAAUGCUGCGUCAUCACAACGGUCUACUCCCCAACAGUGCGAAGUAACCGCGAUCGGCAUGGAUAUGGACUUGACGACUGCAAUGGGUGGUAUUGUCAAUACGCAGUUCACCGAAGAAAUUGAAGCAGACGAAGAUAUGUCAAUGGAUGUUACCAAGGUAUUGGGUGGUAUACUUGCCCAAAAAACAGUAGCAUUGUCAGACGACGUGCAGUCAAACUCAGGCGAAGCAACGAUGGAAUUUACAACUGCCAUUGGAGCUAUCCAAGAUGACAGCGAAAACGACAGUGUCGCUGAUGAUGAAGGAAUGUCAAUGGAACUUACGACUGUGUUAGGUGGAGUGGUUUCUCAAGAAAAGCGCAAGAGCAUUGCAGUAGCCAGACGACAGACCCUCAGUCAAAUGUCUGAUGCAGAUGAUGCUAUGGAUAUGACUGUUGGAUUUGGUCAUAUUCUUCCAACAGAAACGGAUGGACCAGUGAUUCAGGAUGGAGAUGACGAGACCAUGGGUAUGGAUAUGACUAGGGCAUUGGGUGGGAUCAUACAGAGUCCUGCACUGAAUGAUGCGAAAUCAUCUGCUAAACGGCUAUCGAGAUCACAUGCCAACUUCUUCGUGCCCGAUUCAUCACCUAUUAUCAUGUCCCCAAAGAGGAACUCUCCGACACGCAACUUAUCCAAUUCUCAACAACAGAGUUCACCAGGCGUUUCGAGUCCAGGUUUGCUAUCCGCGCGAAGCAACCCUCGCCGAGGUUCCGAAACUCCAACAGCUCCCCGAAUAACUAGAUCUCGAUCACGGACGCCAUCGCCGAUGAAAUCAAACUCCACAUUAGAAACUACAGCGGUCCCUAAUCUGCGCCGUGUUAGCCAGGAGGCUAAGCCAAUCACGCCCACGAAACUCAUGAAACCUCAAUCAACUACCUCGACCCCGUCGCGCUCGUCUCAGCGUUUGACGAACAAGACAGCCAAUCAGUCUACAGGGGCGCCUCAAACAGGGAACCGUCGACUUUCAGGUUUAGGCGUUGAUAGGGAUGGCUUGGGGUCUCCAUCUGUUGCCAAAAUCAUCGACCGUCGAGCAUCCAUUGGCGACUCAGCUGCCGAUUUUGUGGCAGGCAAAAAUCUCAUUUCAUUCGAAAGUCCCCGACAAUUGGCCGAACAGCUACGAAAAGAAGAACUCCAAAAUGCUCAGGAGAACGAGCAGCGAAAUGGUCGGCAUGUACAAGUCUUGGCACCUGGGAAAGAAGACAGAGAGGCGACAGUCACCCUCAUGGAUCUUAUAGAUACCCUCAGCCCAGCGAAGAAGCCUCUCAAUGGUCGCAAAAGUUUGCAUGUUGGCAGCGCGCGGGGUGUUCUUGGAAAGCGACCUGCCGAGCUGGACGACGAGGAAGCCGAGGAGCUGGACGGUGUCGAUAAGUUGAUUGGACUGCAGGCGAGCCCCGUGAAGAAAAUACGCUUGCAAAAGCCAACCAUUGUUGCAGAUAUGGGGAAAUUGACGCUUCAUAAUACCGUCCCAUUGGAUUACCUUGGAACACCUCACGCAUUGUCACCAACAAAGGCUGCUCCAUCGACAACACCACGGAAACUCGGAGGCUUUAAGGACUUGAAACAACAUCAUACGAUUCAUAACUUGAACCUUCAACCAGAAGGCCCGUCAAGCAGAGAUGAUGUUGAUGAUCAACGUGAACCCGACCAGAUUCAUCUCCAGGACUUCUUGGAUAUGACGUCCAUUCGCUUCAUGGAGCUGAAUACUACGAAACGCCGACAUACCACUGCUCCCACUGAGUCCAUGAAUGGAAGGCGAGCUAGUGAUAGUGAUGACAUGUCGCUUGAACGAUGUGUUGUUGCGAGCGCUUGCACGGUGCCAAAACUUGAGCUUUACCAGCAUUCAUGCCGGGAGCUGAAGAAGUACAUCUCGGAGGGCCGACGAAUGGUGAAAGAAAUCGAGGCAGAUACCUUUGAAGAUAACCCGCCUUUAUUCAAAGAAUAUCUCUCCGCGACACCGGACGUCAGGGCUUUGAUGGACAAUCAGUUCAAGAAUGUACGAACUCAUGCUCGCUUGCUCAGCAAGGCUAUGUGGUACGAAUGGCGUAUGAAGUUACAGGACGGGCUUAAAGAAGGUCUUGUUACUAUCAACAACGACAUGGAGCAAGACUAUAGAACAUUAAAGCAACAAGAACAUCUGCUGGCAUCGGCAUUGCCUGAUCUCGAAGCCCAGUUUGACCAGUUGGAUUCUCAGCGACAGGAUCUUCAGAGUGCAGCUCAGGAAAUCGCUGAUUGCGAUCCCGAGACGCUGAGCAGCACGCGCGAUGAACUUGUCUCUCUUAAAGAACAGAUUGAUCAGAAGACUCGUCUUUUGGAAGAACUCCGAAGCGAAUACCAAACCUCCGAGAGCUAUGUGGAUGAGCUGUCCUCUAAGAAAUCAGACAUUUUAGCAGAUAUUGCGCAGUCAGAAAAAACUCGAGAAGACUGCCGCGGUUGGAGUAGCUCCGAAGUUCGAGCCCUUCAAGACCGAGUUGAUGGCCUUGAAAAGGAUUAUGGUUGGGCCGUCACUGGCAUUUCUGGCGCAAAUAUAUCCUUGUCAUAUAAACGAGAGAUUGAACUUGUCUUAGACAUAUCAUCUUUUCAGCCUAACGGAAAACGGUCACAAAUCGACUUGUGGUACAUUGCCGAUAGCAGAGAAGCACACCCUUUGCCUCGUACAACCGAAAAGGAAUUUUUCCUGCAGUGUAUCCGAGAAAACAUCCGAUCUGUGCUCCAAGCGUCAACCAGUGUUGGAUCCAUUCUGGAGAUGGUCCAAAGAGACUGGGACAAGGCAAUGUUUGUAUCAGAGCAGCUUCGAAAGAUCAAUUCAACUUUCCCUACGACUGUUACGAAAACUUCUGAUACCAGUAUCGAAGUCAAUAUUAGCAUGCUUCUUCGUCAGCUGGAAACCAGAGUUGACCUUAUCUUGGAAUUCCAAGGCCGAACUGGAAAGGGUGACGUCGAAAUCGACAUCACAAGCUCUGCUACGGUGCCGUAUGGCCAACACUUCAACGUUGCAAAGAUUAAGGACUUUUUAAGUGCACGAAUAGGCGGAGGUCUAAAGUCUACGGGAGAGACCUGGGUUGACGGAUUGGUGGAGCUUCAGGGCAAGCUUAUUGCGCGUGGACGAAAGUGAUGAGACUACUGCUAUAUGCAGCACAGUACAUAUUUUAACGAGGCGGAUGCAAAGGAUGGGGAACAUGCUAGUCACAGGCGUUAAACGGUACCGGUUGCAUCAUUUAUGAUUGGAUUGAUUUCACGGACAAUAUAAUUACUGCGAGGCGUUCAUCUUUUUGCCAAAGAAAACAAUCAGUUCCUUUUGCACGCGAGACUGUGCUGAAACGACUUUUUGAUACUCAGUGAUGUAACAAGGCCAUGUCUGAUUACUUUGUUCGUUACCCACAAAGCCGAACAGUACACCUUUGUUGACCUGAACACAACAAAGAAGCAAACAAAGGGAGCACCAGCAAUCUGGUACCUGUACCUGGGUUCGGCUAUUUGCGCGGGGUAGAACAGUCGCGUGGCUUACAGAAACGAACAGUAAAUGUUACAGACUCAGGUCGAUAUUACUAGUAUAAAGUUCCAUAUAUCAUGUAAAUGGAC